AUGUACACAGCCCCCCCCCCCCCCCCCGAUACACAGACCUCCUUAAUACAGACCUCCUGUAUGUACACAGCCCCCCCCCCCCCCCCCGGUAUACAGACCUCCUGUAUGUACACAGCCCCCCCCCCCCCCCCCGAUAUACAGACCUCCUAUAUACAGACCUCCUGUAUAUACACAGCCCCCCCCCCCCCCCAGUAUAUACAGACCUCCUGUAUACAGACCUCCUGUAUAUACACAGCCCCCCCCCCCCCUAUACAGACCUCCUGUAUAUACACAGCCCCCCCCCCCCCCCGCCCCCGUAUACAGACCUCCUAG